GAUGUUGAAAAUUAUGCCGCAAAUUCUUUGCCAACAAAAAAAACCUCGAUGCCCAAAACUAAUCAUCAUCAUCACCGAAGUCAUCAUAAUCAUCAUCAUCGACCAUUAUUAAUACCAUAUAUGCCAAAACGUAUUAUAGUUUAUAAUUUUCUUCGAAGGCCAAAUAAUUUUCAUGCAAUUAUGUAUCAUGUUUCAUUGAUUAUUUUAAUUAUUAUUUCAUUACUUUGUUUUGCAGUUGCAACUAUUCCAGAAUUAACAGAAUCAAUUCGUCCGAUUUCAAUCAUAUUCGAUUCAUUAAUCUGUAUGUUUGUUAUUGGUGAAUCGGUUGCCAUUUAUUGGUCAUCAAGUUGUCAACCAAAAUAUCAAGGAAUUAAUGGUCGUUUAAGAUUUUUACGUUCAUUUUCCGGUUUAUUUGAUAUAAUGAUUUUAUUUGUUACAUUAACAAUUGCUUAUUGUCAUUAUACUGAUCAUAAAUUUUAUACUGUUAAUGAUAAAUAUUGGCUAUUUUUACGACUUGGUCAAUGGUUGCAUAUAUUACGUAUGGGUGAACGUUUUAAACCAUGGCUAUGGCUUAUAUUUGUUACAUUUGUUAUGUUUCUUGCUGAACAAACACAAAAUCAAACUGAUUUUACAUCAUUACCAAAAACAUUUUGGUGGUCAAUUGUUUCAUUAUUUACAAUUGGUUAUGGUGAUAUGACACCAGCUACCAAUGUAGGUAAAGUUUUAGCAUCAAUUUUUUUCUUUUUAUUCAUCUUUAAAUUUGCAUUACCGGCCGGUGUUCUAAGUACCGGAUUAGCACUUAAGAUUCAAGAACAACAACGUUGUCGACAUAUUAGUCAACGACGUUUAGCUGCUGUACGUUUUAUUAAAUUAGCAUGGCGUUAUUUUCAUUAUCGCAAACAUGAAAAUGGAGCCGUAUUUUCACGUCGAAAACGUUAUUCAACAAUGAAUAAUAAUAAUAAUAAUAAUAAUGAUGUUCAACGUAUAAAUCCACCGGAAAUUGUCUGUAUUCGUUUUAUAAUUACAUUACAAUUUCUAUUGGCAAGACGUAGAUUUCGUCGUGCUAUGCGUCCAUAUGAUUUUGGUGAUAUUAUGGAACAAUAUACUGUUGGACAUGAAGAAUUAAUCUGUCAAGUUGAUCGAUUAUAUUUACAAAUUGAUCGUCUUGAAAAACAAAUAAAACAAAAUCAAGAAAUACUUGAAAUUGUUGAACAACAAACAAAAUUAAAAUGA